UCUGUAUCUGUGUUGUUGUUGUGUGGUAUUAAUAGGACCUGAGUACUUUAUCUUUUGAGUUAAUAAAGUCUGAUUUUGAUGUGCAGAUAAAAGGUAAAGCGAACCCCAUUUUUUUUUUUUCAGAGAGAGAAAGCUAAUGCGGAGCUGGUGAACUUUAUAAAGGGUUCGAACAUGUUGUGCGGGUUGAUCGAUCUGAACGCGGCGAGCAAUGAAGACGAAACGGCGUCGUCCUCUGAUUCUCCGUCACUGUCGGCGGCCUCCGGGAGUUUGGAUUUGGGCGCCACGUCGCCGGCGGCGGCCGCGGCCGUGUGUAUGGAGCUUUGGCACGCCUGCGCGGGGCCGUUGAUUUCGCUGCCGAAGAAAGGGAGCGCUGUCGUUUACUUCCCUCAGGGACACGUGGAGCACCUCCCUGAGCACCACGCCGUCGCCUUCGAUCUUCCUCCUCACGUGUUUUGCCGCGUUGUGGAUGUUAAGCUUCAUGCGGACACAGGCAGUGAUGAGGUUUAUGCUCAAGUUUCACUAGUUCCAGAUCAACAGAUUGAGCAAAAUUGGCGAGAAGGAAUAACACGAGGAGAGGCGGGGGAUGAAGAUGUUGAAGGCGUCGUGAAAUCUUUGACACCUCACAUGUUCUGUAAAACUUUAACAGCGUCUGAUACCAGCACUCAUGGUGGCUUCUCGGUUCCUCGUCGUGCUGCAGAGGAUUGCUUUCCUCCUCUGGAUUACAAACAGCAGAGACCGUCACAGGAGCUUGUCGCUAAAGAUUUGCAUGGCACUGAGUGGAAAUUUAGGCAUAUCUACAGAGGCCAGCCUCGAAGGCAUUUGCUAACUACUGGAUGGAGUGCAUUUGUCAAUAAGAAGAAGUUGGUAUCUGGAGAUGCCGUGCUUUUUCUAAGAGGCGGUGAUGGAGAACUUAGGCUUGGGAUUCGUCGAGCUAUGCAAGUUAAAACCGGUGCUACUGUCUUCCCCCCUAACAGUCAACAGUUUCAAGCUAGCAGCCCUGUUUCUGUUGUGAAUGCCAUUGCCAUGGGAAGUACUUUCGACAUUUGUUACAAUCCAAGAGCUCGUUCAUCUGAGAUCAUUGUACCUUAUCAUAAGUUCUCAAAGAGCCUCUCGCAGCCUUUUUCUUGUGGAAUGAGAUUUAAAGUGCGUUUUGAAACAGAAGAUACUUCUGAAAGGAGGUGUGGAGGCCUCAUUGUUGGGGUUAGUGAUGCUGACCCAAAAAGAUGGCCUGGUUCAAAGUGGAAGUGCUUACUGGUCAGAUGGGAUGAUAUGGAAAUCAACCGCCUCAAUAGGGUUUCCCCUUGGGACAUUGAGCUGUCGGGCUCGGUCUCCGGGCCCAACAGCUUCGUCUUACCUGGAACCAAGAGAAACCGGGCCAGCUUUCCCGCAGCAAAGCCCGAUCUUCCACUUCCUGGAGAUGGGAAUGAGGUUUCGGGGUUUGGCGAGCCUCUAAGGUUCCAGAAGGUCUUGCAAGGUCAAGAAGUGUUUGCAUUCGGCCAGCACACACCGAAUGAUGUCAUGAUGAGGUGCUAUCCGAGACCCAACUGUCCGAGAUUCCGUGCAGAUGCCCAGAAUUCGUUCGGGCAGCAACCCUUUCAAUUCCACAAUAAGGUCUUGCAAGGUCAAGAAAUUGUGCCGAGGCUUGGAAACAGCUGGCCCACUUUAAACCAGGCCCAGGCCCACAGUUCUAACAUUCAACCUUUUGUACCUCCUCAGUUCACUUCAUUGCAUAAGUCCAGCAGGCCAAUCGAUCACGAUCCGUUUUCUGUUUCACAUAGGAUUUUGAAUAAGUUUGGAAAUGGCUCUGUCAAAGAUCUACUUGGAGUAGUCCCUGAAGUGCGUGGACAAACGGCAUUUACGCACCACCGUCCAGUUUCGACUCGACCCUUCUUUGGAGAAAAUCCAAGUUUUGUUUCCAUGUGCAAAAAUAGCUGCAGGCUUUUCGGGUUUCCCUUGACUGAAGGGAAAGUUUUAGAGGGUAAAAAUGAAAUUAAUCAAACAGGAUCAUCUCCUUCAGCUUAUGGCCGUGAAAGUAACACUUUCCCUUGCAAUGAGGAGCAGGCUUAUCAUCAACCUUCACUGGUGGCCAAGGUAAUAGCCAGUAGUUAUACCAAAGUGCACGAUAUGCAUUCUGUACGAGACAGGCUUCUCGAUAUUGCUCUCUAAGUAUGAGAUUUGUGGGGGAUAAUGGUCAUUUUUACGUGUUAUGGGAGAUCUCCAUGCAUAGAUGACGACUGAGAAUUAAAUGUCUGUUUCGGUUCGGUUUUUGGUGAGGUAGGGGCCCGGUGUUUCCACGUGUUUCGGUUUGUUAUUUAUUUAAUAAAUUAAUGACGAUGAUUUUUAAACUCAAUGACGCGCGUGUGUUGUAUAACAGUGGUAUUUUCGCUGUAAGAUUUUUAUUUUAGGUCGAAAUCAUGAACCGGCUAUGUAUUCGAAGUGUAAAUUUGAAAUUUCUCCUAUUUAAGCCAUUCAGCAAGAUUAAUUUGCUUGUACUAGCAUAAUAGCAUUAUUGCAAGGGACUGGCUUUAAUUUGGUUAGUUUUUGCUAUAACUUUGUUUGUUGGAAUCACAAGUGGAAAUGCAGGUUUCAUUUGAGUUCGAUUUUCACCUUUUCUGCUCUA